CCGUAAAAGCUAAAACAAUUUUCUAGUUUGUAAUUUGUCACGAUCUGUACAAAAACAUUUUAGAAAAACGGAGAAAAUUUUAGUAAUAAUAUUCACUAACACAAUUGUGUGGACUUCUAAAAAUGAGACAUCGUCACCAUGUUGCGUUGGCAGAGUCAGUGAAAAGCAAUAAAAAAAAACAUCUUAUUUCUUCAUCCCAAAGAAAGCAAGCAAAAAACAGAAACGACAAGGAAACCAAAAAUUUUAGAGGAAAAAAUCUGAUCUACAAAUUGUUGUUUUUUUCGAGACAUAAGUUUGAUUUCUUAAAGAUAUCAAAAGAUUAUUCAAUACAUUCAGUAACAGGAUAUGCAGUUCUCAGUCCAGCAGCAGCAGCUGCAGCAAAUGGAAAUCCUAAAAACGCGUUCAGAGCGAUGAAUAAAGCAUUUAGUAAAGACUAA